UUCGCCUUCUUUUUCAGCAUCCGUCGUGCGGCACCAAAAAACCCCCGCUGCCAUGACGUUCGGCGCCUUCGGCGAUACGCCGUUCCACCGCCACCUCGCGGGCUUGAGUGCGGAAUAUGACCGCGUGGUCAGCGAAAACUCCCAACUGCGCAUGGGGAUGCAGGAUGAUGGGACAUCGGGGAUGUCUGGGACAUCUGGGGCCCUCUUCCGAUUGCGGAAGACAGAGGAGCAACCGCCUCCUCUGCAGCCCAUCACUGCAUUCCCGCUGGAAAGUCCCACCAUUGUCACUGCACUAACAACCUUCGAUCUCCCAGGGGCAUUGAGUGAAAGCUUGCAAACGGGCGGGAACAGGUCGUCGUUCAGCCCGCCAAUGGUGCCUCUGGGGAAACCAAUAGCCAUGAGACGAACGAACUCGAGGCUUCAACAGACUCAACAGAAUAAGAUUUCCGGCAAACUUCCGGUGGAUGAGGAGGAAACUGAGGCUGGAUCUGUUUUCCUACUACUUUUAGACGUCAUCCCCGCAGUGGUCAUCAUGAUGAGUGCGGUGGUGGCUGGACUCAGUGCCGAUAUCUCUCCGGAUCACACCAUUUGGAAGGUCUUUGAGAUCUCUUUCACGCUUUUCUUCAUUGGAGAAAUCUUCGUGAAACUCAAGGUCUUCGGAAGCCGGGAGUUCCUUUGCGGUGCAGACUGGUACUGGAGUUGGUUUGACAUUCUCUGUGUGGUCACCGCGUUGAUUGACAUGGGGAUCACCUACAGCCAGAUGUUAACAUCCAGCGAAGAGCCGAGCGAUUCUGACCUUCAAGAGAACUCGGCGGCAGGAACCUUGGGCACACUGAAGAUGUUGAAGCUAGCACGGCUGGGACGAAUCGUUCGCCUGCUCAAAUUCAAGAUUUUUCAGGAGCUCAAGUUGAUGAUUCAGGGAGUCUUUACUGGGCUGCGGGUGCUCUUUUGGGCUGUGGUGCUCUUUGGCGGAUGCAUGUACCUCCUAGGCGUCGUCACAAGGACGCUCUACGGGGCCCACUUCGAAGAGUUUAAUUCUGUGCCAUCGGCGAUGUUCACCUCCUUCAGAUGUUUUACGGACGGCUGCUCUGAUUACAAAGGGCAACCUUUGCAGGAACAGCUCCGCAUCAGAAGUCCGCAAGGUGGAGGAAUCUUCAUGGUGGCCUACAUGCUUCUCUUCCUGUUCGUGACCAUUGGAAUCUUCAAUCUGAUCAUGGCUGUCUUCAUCGACAAUGUCACCGAGGGUAGCACCAAGAAACGCCAGAGACAACUGGGAGCGAAUGGGCCCAAGACGGAAUAUGUGAUUGCAAACACCCUGAGACACAUCAUUUUGUCCAACGUCUUGCGGAAAGAGGCAGAAGACGAGAUGCGAAUGGAGGGCGCGGAUGGACGACGGAUUUCCAACACCUUGAACGAGAAGUUGGUGGCGCUGCAGGAGAUGUAUGGUUACAAACCCCACACCACGGAGGAGUACAUCGAGUUAGCGGACAAGAUCCGAGAAGAGAUGACUGAGCGCGAUGUGGUGGUCACCAAGGAGGAGUUCAACCAUUGGCUCACAACGGAAAAGGAAUUCAUUAGUAAGCUCGACGAUGCGGAGAUUGACCUCUCGUGCAAGUUUGAUUUGUUUGACGUCUUAGACGCGGACUUGAGCGGAGAGCUCGAAUUCGAUGAGAUGGUGGACGGACUGCUGAAAUGUCGAGGCCCCGCCUCCAAGACGGAUAUCAUUGCCAUCAGGUUGAAAACUGCCUUAGUUGUGAAGAUGAUGACGAAGGUCUGUGAGAAGCUUGGAAUUGACAGCCCCUGACCAAAGGAACUUUGCAGCGCCCUCUGCGCUGCACUUUCUGCGUGCUUGGGCCACUCAGCAGUGCAGCCCGCUGAUGCCUGCUGUCGAGCGAAUCGGAGCUGAAAGCCACGACACGAGGGACGCAUCCGAUG